AGGAAUUAAAUAAUUGAAAGGAAAAACUGAAAGAAGGCCAGAACAAAAUUCAAAGGAAUUUAAGCAAACUAAGCUCUAAGAAAGAGGAGAUAAUAGAUCCUAAAGAAAUUAAAAACUCAAAACUUCUACAGAUUAGGCAGAGCAUUCUAAAUCAAAAGGAAAAAGUAGUUAAGGCAGUGGAACAAUAUGCUGAUAAUCUUGUUCUAGAUGUUAAUCAGCACUUCAGAUUCUUGAGAGAGGAAGAAGAAUACAAAAAUGAUCAACAGAUUAAAAAGAUGUAUAUGAAGAAUGAGGCUUUGGAAAGUACUAUCACAUCUAAAGAUUUUAGCCAAUUAUUCAGAGAUUUUGAUAAACUGAAUUUUUCAUUGAAUGAAGAUAUUCUAGAAGACAGAAUGAAUAUUUCUUCUUUGCCAAAUUUUGUUCCUGGUGAAUUUAAUGUACUUAAUCUUGGAACAUUAGAAGGAGGUUUAGGAUUUAGAGAAAACCAAGUUAAAUUUGAAGUUACAAAUCAAUGGACGACAAAAUUAAUGUUUAUUCAUUACAUUUUGAGAUGUCCUGAUGAUACGCUGUGGAUAGCAGACAAUUUAAAUGAAGUGUUACAACAUGUUAAAAUUGCUAAAGACAAGGUAAAGAUUUUAUCAAGCUUCAGCUUAAAGAUUUUUGGCAUAGCUGACUUAUCCGGCAACAUUGUUGUGUCAUGUGGUGAAAGUAGAUUGAAAUUAAUUGAUGGAAAAACAAAAGAAAUAACUGACUCUGUGUUUGUUAUAGAGGAAUCAUUUAUCUCUAGGGGGAUCCACAUCACCAAUGAUCAGAAAGUUGUCAUAGCAGCCAGAAUUCCAGGGGAUCCAUUCUCGGCUACAGGAAGGAGCUUUGUUGUAGUAAUGGAUCAAACAGGAAACUGUCUCGCUACAUAUGAAAAAGAUAGAAACAGCAAACCUUUAUUUACACUUGCUUUAAUAGUAACAACUACCAGCAAUGGAAACAUUUGUAUAGUGGAUCGCUUGAACCAUGACUCCACAGGUAGAGUGUUUGUAAUUGGUCAUAAAGGAAAUAUCAAAGGGAUUUAUUCUGGUCAUCAUGAUAUCAAUACUGAAGACAAACCAUUUAAGCCUCAAUGUGUAGUUGCUACACAAUCUUAUUAUAUUUUGGUUACAGAUUGGAAGAAUAAUGCUAUCCAUAUUUUGAAUUACGAUGGAGACUUUAUUUCAUACUACAGUUUAAAAGACCUUGGAAUCAAAAAUCCUCUUUCUCUUGCUCUGUCUACACCAGGACACUUCUACCUUGGUUGUACAGGUGGUGGUUUGCUAAACAAUUUUGGAAAACUUUACAGCAUUAGAUUUUCAUGAACAUAUAUAUAGUGAGCAGAAAUUAUCAACAAUAUAAUUUACAUUUUAAAAUUUGUAGAUAUGAUUGAACUUUUAAAAUAAUUCAAACAAUUUACAGGAAGGAUACUUUUUACUAAAGAAUAGUAUUAAAUCAUGUUGAUUAAUUUGCUUUAUUAUAUACUUAUAAAUACAAUGAAAUAGUUAUUAUGUAAAUUAGUCGGACCAUUUCAAAAAAUAGUUUGUGCAAAUUUAACAAGAAAUGUAAAUCAUAAUUUACUGAAGUGAACUGAAAGUAGAAUGUAAUUUUCUUUCAAAGCAGAGUUUAUUAGAAGUACAAUUUUUUUGUUGUACUUUCAAUAAUUAUGGUGCCAAAGCAAUGCUUAUCAAUCCUACAUAUCAGCUUGAGCUGCAUCAACAUUUAUUUUCAGGCGGAGCUUUAAGUUUUAUUUAGCAUGUUUAGACAUCAAUAACUUUGUCAAGCCUUCAUGGAAUUUAUUUAAUUUUGGGAGAAGAUCCUCAUGACCGAAAAGACAAAAUAGAUUAGAAUUUAAUUUUUUGUUCGUAAUUUUCCCCUAUUUUACUGAUAAUUGGACUUUUAAGCUCACAUGGCUAUUACAAAAAUCUCCUCAUGAAACAACUGAGACAAAUUUUACCAAACUUGGCCACAAAUAAGAAUAGAGUAUUUAGUUUUUAAAAGAGUGUCCAAUUACCCUGCCUGCCAACCAACAUUUCUCCAUUUUCAUUCUCAAUUUUAUUUUAUACAUGUAGCUAAAAAAAGAACAUGGGGAAAAAUGCAGUUUUUGAUUUGUAUCUCUGAAACUAGAGCAAAAGUGUAAUGUUCAGUUGCUUUAUUUCAUGCAUCAAUUGUAAAUAAAAAUAUCAAGUGUUUGACACAGGCUCCUUGGAGCCUCUAGUUUUUAUACUACCAAAAAAAAAUUGCAGAUGUUAUUUGUAACAUGUUGUCGUCUUCCGAAGACAUAAAGUUACAGGACACUAACUUUAGUUUGAGUAAAUGUUGGGAUUGAUUUUGGGGGUUAUGGUCCCAACUGUUUAGGAAUUUAGGGCCUAAAAAGAGGUCCAAAUAAGCAUUUUUUUGUUUCCAGACAAUUACUUGUGUGUAAGUGUAGGGAUCUUUCUGAAAUUGUACACAAGGUUCAU